UCAGCAGCAGCACCUCCUCACAGGCUCGACUGAAGAUACUCAGAAGAGAAGAGAAGGAAGUUCUGCUGCAGUCCUCAUCUGCACCAUGAAGCCUCUGACUGCGUCUGCGCUCGUCUGCGCCCUGAUGGCUCUGACUCGAGCUGCUGCUGCUCCAGAUGGAAUACCCGUCGAUGACCAAGAAGGGGAGACUGAGCUGGUCAAGAGAACGAUAUCUUGUCCCAGCGAAUGGACUGAGCUUGGCCGUCGCUGUUACCGCUACGUCCCAAGAUCCAUGACCUGGGCCAGAGCUGAGAAAAACUGUCUGUCCCAGGGAGGACACCUGGCGUCCGCCAGCAGCCUCUCAGAGUACCGUAAUAUUCAGAAGGUGAUACUGAGCGCCACCCAAGCGUAUCAUCAGGCAUGGAUCGGAGGCACUGAUGCACAAGAGCUCAAGUAUUGGUUCUGGACUGACGGUAAACCAUUCAACUACCAGUACUGGUGUCAAGGAGAGCCGAACAACCUUGGCGGCUAUCAGCACUGUUUGCAGAUAAAUCAUGGAGAUGGGAAGUGCUGGGAUGACCUGAACUGCGCUGUCCAUUUACCGUCUGUCUGCUCCAGGGAUUAGGGAAGAUUCGGGGCUGACACGGAGGAUGACGCACACAUUGUGUGCAUGCUUUUAAAUACAUCUGUCUUUCCAACAUCAGCCUCACAUGUGAGCUGAAUCUUUCUUUUCUAUCGCUGUAACGCAACUUAAGGAAUGAAGCGACAAGUGACACACAGGAGCUGGAUUGUCUCUGAGGCUCUGAGCCUUUCAACAAGAGACCGAAUGUGUUAUGAAAAGAAUGCUUUUACUUGCAGAUUGAACUCUUUUUUCUGAUCUUAUUAAGAAUUAAAGGCAAAGUAUUGAAACAAA